AUGUCUUUGCAGGAGUUCUUCAAACAAACGCCGAUGCCCGUACGGGCGAGCGGGAUACUGCACGGCAGAGACGGCGGUGGUCAGGAGUUUGACAGUAGCUUCGAUGGCGGUUUUACCGCGAAUGCUACGACUCCUGGUUCGGGAAAGAAAAAGACGAACACGGUAAGCCCCUUCCGGGGAAACGAUUCGGCGUCGUUUAGUUCGUCUGUUUCGCAUCUCAUCAACGGCACGAUUGACUUCAGAGUCGGGUUUAAAGUCCUCCAAUUGAAUGAAAAGAGCACAUCGAACGUCGGGGAAAUGUUUGUCCAUUUAGAGGACACCGAGCUGGACAAACUCUACGCGAAUAAAAUCAUCAAACGAGUGGACGUUUUGUUCGGGAACGAGGCGUUAGGAAGCAUGGAGAUGUCGUCCGCGCCGUUCGUAGCUACAUUUCAAACCGAGCUGAAAGGCGUGGACGUGCUGAUUAAGAUCACGUUUCGGUCGAGUUUACAUCGACCGCCGGUGAAGUUUACGAAAUCGUUUGAGUUUUUCGAGUGCGCGGAAGGCGACGCGAGAGAGACGAUUGAACGCGUGGAUUUUAAACCGGAGUUGAUAAAGAAGAUUAUAGUGGUGAAGGGAGAGGAGAGCGGCGAGGAUGAAGACGGAGAGGACGAAGGGAGACGGACAUCCCGAGUGGCGAAGAUGUUGAGUAGUAAUAGUAGCGGGAGUAAAAAGAAAGACGCGGCGGUUGCCAAACGAAGAUUUACGUACCCGAAUAACAACGCGACGGCGACGAGUAAUAUGUUCCGGAAUUUAGAUUUGGAGAGCAAUAACGACGACGACGACGACGACGAUGACGACGAAAAGAGCGACCGAGAAGAAGAAGAGAAAAAAAGUAGCAGUGGUAGCAGAAAAAACAACAAGCAAACGCCGGCGGAUCCAAACGUGUGGACGGUUAAGGACGUCGGGAACUGGUUGGAAUCUAACAUGCUUGGUUUUUUGGUUUCUAGGUUCGCCAACUCCGCCGUGGAUGGGUACGUGUUGCUGAGGUUGACCGAUCAAGACGUUCUGAAAGAUUUACGGGUAACCUCUCACGUGGAACGAUUGAGAUUGUUUCGAAACAUCGACGCUUUGAAAGCUUCUCGCGUUCCGUUCGAAGAGAAGACUCGAUCGCUCGAGAAGGAAACGAGAGAUAAGUUGAACCGAACUACGGCGAGUACUAAUUCGUUCAACACUCCGGUAGAUUUGUUGGAAGCGGACGUUUCUUGGUUACAGUUUGUGUUACCCAUGAGGAGAUUAGCCGUCUUGAGCGGAUGGCUUUCUCACGUCGUCGAUGAAGUCAUAGAGCGAUUCAACGUGGACGUCGGGUCAAAACGUGAAACAAUCGCCGCACAGAUUAGCGUGUAUUGCGUCUCGGCGAUAAAGGCAGAGUUGGAUAUACAGGAAAGCAAUGCCGACAGGAGUAAACAAUCGACGCCGACGACGGCGAGAAAAAGUAGAAUUAGAGAAAGCUUAGAAACGGUCAAGGGGUGGUCGAAGGAAUUGGAAUUGUUCGACGACCCGAAGACGUUGGACGAGCGACAGCUGCAAAAAAACUUGAUCGCUUUGCAUUUACUUCUAAAAGAAGAAGAAGAAGAAGAGGAGGAUGUCGAAAACCACGCGAAUAAUUGGAUGAGGAGCAGUGGUGGCGCUUCAACUCCGCCGCCACUGUUGAACGCCAAGGCGCAAUCGUUCAUUGGAAGCGGAACGUCGAUGGCGUCUUUAGGGGAGUUGGAGCCGUCCUCGCGAAGCGCGUCGCCGUCAAAUGCGCAUCAUUUACGGCACGUGUCUUCGGUCAUGGAACUCGCCGAAGAGUGCGAGAUUCGAUACGAUGACAUUGAAUUCUCAACUGGCGAGGCGUCCUCUUCGAACCGAAUCGGUCGAGGCGGCUUUGGGGAAGUAUUUUUAGGUCGAUACAACGGCAGUCUCGUCGCUGUAAAAAAAUUGUUCGAAUCUCCUGUUGGGAAAGGAUUGGACGAAUUCAAGAGAGAGGUUUCGGUCUUAUCAACCUUGCGACAUCCGUCUAUCGUCUUAUGGCUCGGCGCGUGUACCGUUUCGCCAAACACCGCCAUCAUAUUAGAGUACAUGGAUAGAGGCUCUUUACACGACGUUUUGCAUCGCACGGAAGCCGUGUUGACCUUAUCUACGCGCAUUCGAUGGUCCAUCAGUAUCGCCAAAGCGAUGGCGUAUUUACACACCCACAAACCGCACGCGAUUAUCCACUGCGACUUGAACUGCAACAACGUUCUCAUCAACCGAGACGGCGCCGUGAAAGUUACCGAUUUCGGUUUAUCCAAAGUCAAGCAACACAGCAAAGCGACGAGGCAAACCGGCGUGACUGGAACGGUAUCUUACGCCGCACCGGAAGUUAUCAUCGGAAAUCAAUUCACGGAAUCGAGCGACGUCUUUUCAUACGGUGUCACCAUUUGGGAGAUUGUCGCCAGGAAGAUACCGUGGGACGGCUUGACGGAGUAUCAAAUAGUCUACCGAAUGAGUUCGGCGUUGGAUAACUCGGACACCGAAUACGCCGCGUGCGAACAACAUUUGAAAAUGAACGCAAGGAGCGACGAAGAACAAGAUCAAGAAAGCAGCACAACAACAACACCAGCAUCAUCGAUAGCAUCGACGCCGUUCCGUCCCCCGUUACAAUCCAUCUUGCGCGAUUGUUGGUUCAAGCUUCCCGAACGCCGACCAAAAAUGGGCGAUAUUCUCGUUCGGAUGAUUGAAGUACACAAAGAGGCGUGUAAAGAAGAGCGGACGAAACGACGGGAGAAAGCGAAGGAGGAGGAGGAGGUGGGAGGCGCGACGACGAAAACAAUUUAA